UACAACUUCAUUACAAUCAUUGUGACAGACCACCACUUAGGAGGUAAUUCUUUAAUGCAUAUCCUGAUAUCCCGGUACCCCAGGAUAAUGUGUAACCAUUGAAGAUAUGCUAUAAUCAAAUACAACCGAUUUUCUUUUAACAAUAUUUCCUCAACACUAAGCCGAUUAUUACACCAAACAUUAUAACUUCGAAAGACACUUCCAACCUUUCUACCUCCGAAAAUAUAUAUGCUCAUGCUAUAAAGAAUAUGAGCUCAUUCACUCGCGCCGCUCUUCCCAUAGGUCUUGCUGUAGCCUUUGGAGUUUGGAACGCUUAUUAUGCACUAGAUCCUGCUUUCAAGGAACAGCAAGAGAAAACACAGCAGCGCCUGGUAAAAGAUAACCAGCAGCUAGAUAAAGUGCCCGAAGUCAAAGACCUCGCACAACAGAAAACGCCCAAGACAGGCACUUCGCACAACCGCUAGCUAUGUUCAGUCACUGAAUACUCAGCGUAUAAAAUAAUAUCUAUAACUUCUUACGAGGUCCGGAUGAUUCAAGCUUCGGGAAUACCACUUAGACGUUAUCUGAAUUACACCGCCAGAGGUGAAGUUUACUGAGAAGCCUAAUAUACAUCCCUCGCGCUUAAUAGCAACGUUCUCAAGCUCAUGGUCUAUUUUUAUUGUUUGAUAUACCAAUGAACGCCACAAACACCUUUAAAUAAGGUAAAUGGUACCGGGACCAUGGAUAACCCAAAAGUGGUGUUGUCCUUUGAACUAAGUCGAACCGCUACGCUAACCCAGCGAUGUGAGAGACUUUGGUUCUUUUUUAUCAAGUCAUUGGGUUAGACGGUUAAUCAUCGAGACAGUGGUUUAAGUCUAGGAUGUUGAAUAAUAGCAAUUGACAGAUACUCCGGAUAUUAGUUAUACUGUUUUUUAUCUCUGACUCGAAUAUGCCUGUUAGUGAUAAUCUACAAUAUCCAUUCUUAUGAGUAUACAAGCCUUUCAAAGAGAUAUUGCUCAUCUCCAUAGCUACCUAUCUUCCUAUUAAGAGAUAAUUCAAAUACAUGGAGAGCCGAGAUGAAUAGAAAUAUAUUGGUUGCCGUUUGAUAAUACAUCGCAUGUAAAUGACA